AUGACCAAGGUGAGUCAUGGUGCACACUCGUUGUACCUAUAUGGCAACAUUGAUGGGAGUUGGGAGUUGCGACAAUCGAAGCCUAAUGAACUACAUGCACUUAGGGAUAAUCUUAACAACUCUGAGCCAUUGGAGGACUUGUUCAAUAUGAUUAAUAGCUUUCCAACAGUACGCGAAACAUUCCUUGCCAGUGAAACCUACCGCAUAUGCCAUCUAGAAGAAAAGGCAAAGCUAUGUGGGCCAGUUAUUGAAAAGAACUACGAGCCUGAGAGUGAGGAUGAAGCUCUAAGUGAUCCGGUCGUAUGUUCAGUUUGUGAUGGCCACUACCAUACAAGUGCAUUCUGGAUCUGUUGUGAUAUUUGCAACCAGUGGUACCAUGGAAAAUGUGUGAAGAUUACAGCCAAAAAAGCAAAUCGCAUAAAGCACUAUGAGUGCCCUGAGUGCUUCAACGAUAGGAUUGGACAUAAUUAA